AUGUUUUCCGACUCUCCCUCUGCCAGGACGCCGACCAUCGAGCUGUCGCAGCAAAUGGCGCGAGAAUAUCACCAGAUGUCCAAUGACGCUCUCCUUAUGUAUGUAGCCCAGGGGGAUCACGAUGCUCAUCGUGAGCGACUUCUGCGAGAGAUCAUGGUUGUAGACAACGUCACCUGGAAGGAUGCCCACAAGAGAUUGAACGAGAUGGAGGCGGCCAGCAAGCGCGGCAUGUUCAUCGCGACUGUGCCUUUCAAGACAGGCAUCGCACUUGGUGUUGUCGGAUCGAUCGCUGCAGUCCCGCUGGUCUUUCAGCUCGAUACAGCUCUCUGGUUCAACGAGUACUUUGUGACGGCCGAUGUGGCAGAGCCAGAGGACCUUGAGACUUGGCUGGAAGUAGGAGCAUGGACUUGGAAUUGGAUGGAGCCGCCUAUCGGUCAGCUGUCCUUCCUCUUGCUCUGCCUUCAGUUUGCCCGUAACCAGAUGCUCAACUAUGGAGCCAAGCCUUACACUGCUAGAUUGAAACAAUAUCGGGCUGGAAGACUCUGCGGGUUAUAUCCUCAGUACAGCAGGUCGAUCGUCUCUGAGUUUGCCAUGUCAUGCAAGUGGCAUGACUGA